AACAUUAAGCGCGCCAGCUGCUGAUCAACCUCAAAGAAGCAGAAGAAGAAGAGUGGCGGAGAGCAGAUCCACGAAGAAGAAUUCGAAGCUCUCAUCAGUUCGCGACAAAGAUGGCCGCCUGUGGGCUAUUCCGCUCCCUGUCUUCCAACUUUCUCACAGUUUUGCCUUCACUCACCCGCUCGGGAACACUUUCCCCGUUGCGGCUGGCAUCCCAACCUUACUUUGGAAGAACACUAGCCACUUGUCGAUUAACAGCAGCACUUAAAUUCACAGACAAGCACGAAUGGAUCCGAGUAGAAGCCGACGGCGUUGGGACUAUCGGCAUCAGCAAGUUUGCGCAAGUAAGCUUCCUCGUGCGUGUCCCCGCACAGACGCGCACGUGCAGGGAGGCUCUGGGAGAUGUAGUUUACUGCGGACUACCGGAGGUGGGAACACAGCUGGCUCGUCAAGAUGAGUUUGGAGCUCUGGAAAGUGUGAAGGCUGCCAGUGAGCUUUAUUCCCCUUUGACUGGAGAAGUUGUCGAGGUUAAUUCACUACUGGCAGACAAUCCUGGUCUGGUGAACAAAUCUUGCUACAAAGACGGUUGGCUGUUGAAGAUGACCAUCGGCAACCCUUCAGAGCUCGAUACUCUAAUGGAUGAAGCAGGCUAUGAGAGAUACAUCCGCUCCAUUGAGGACUAACCUAACACUUCUUAAUAAGUGCCACAUGCCCCUUCAACUUUUCAAACACCACUGGCAGGAAGAUCCACAAGUUGUGCCUGCGUCGGCCACAACGCGAUGUGGAGCUCGUGAGCUCCAGAACGCUGACCUGCCAUUGUUGUAAAGCUGUGAACAUUAGGAAUCCUUUAUUUACUGUUAAAGACUGACCUUUGGUGACCUGUGAAUCUGCACGGACUAAACAUCCUGUGUUGAGUUUUUGCCUCAAAAUGGAGAAGAUGGAGACUCGGUCAAUAGAGCAGUUCACAUACAUUUCACUAAAAGGAAAACUUGACUCUUUUGUAAAACACUGUUAGACUUUAAAACGCACUUUGGUCUUAAUGGUAUCAAUAAUGUUGGUCUACUCUGCAUGUAUGAUAGCUAAAUUGUAGAAAUGGAACCUUUUUAAAUGAGAAAAUAAACAAUUCCUGAGA